AUGCACAUGGAUCACAGUCACAUGGACCACGGCGAUAUGGGCCAUGGCGAUAUGGACAUGGGCCAAUGCGAUAUGAAUAUGCUAUUCACCUGGUCCUCAAAGAACCUCUGCAUCGUCUUCCGCCAGUGGCGCAUCACCGGACCCGUUUCCUUCCUCCUCUCCCUCGUGCUUAUCGUCCUCCUAACGGCUGGGUACGAGGGUGUCCGACAAAUUACCCGCAAGUACGAAGCUGCUCAUAACCAGCGUUUGAACGCUUUUGCCAUAUCAACGAGUACUAAUGGAGGUGAUGGGAUUCCCGAGCCGGUCACCGCUAAUAUCCACGAUUCUAUCCAUGCCGAGGGCUCACCACUGCUUGUAGGACGGGAUAAUAGGGCUGCACUUGCACGCCGGGGGAAACUUAUUUUGGCUGCGUUGUAUGCCGUUCAGGUCUUUUACAGCUUCUUUAUUAUGCUUCUUUUCAUGACAUACAACGGGAUGGUCAUGCUGGCGGUUGCAGUUGGUGCCUUUGUUGGAUAUUUGGCUUUUGCCCAUGACACCCCGGCUACCAAGUCCAUUGCUUGCCACUAA